GUGUUUGUCGGUGAAUUGCAUAUGUGUGUAACUGUGUACUGCGGUAAUGCUAUCAUUGCACCUGGACAAAAUGACAAUUGGGUUACAUUAAUUACAAAUAUAAUUUUUUUUUUAUAAAAAUAUAAUUGAUUUAUUUAUUGUUUGUUCAUUUAACUUUUAAUAAAAUCUAACAGUUUAUCAUAAUUAAAUUUAGAAAUAUAGUUUUUUUUUUCUUUUUGUUUUCGUUUUAUAAAUAAAAUUUAAAAAAAGAGCCAGUGUUGUUGAUAUUUGUGUGUUAAUUAUCAGGAUAUAUUGAAUAAUGUCGUUGUUUAAUAAGCCAAAAAGAAAUAUAAGACGACGUUCAUUCAAUGAGGAAACUGAUGACAAUGAAAAUAGGAUGGAGGUUGAUCAGGUCCAGCAAAAUAAAGUCAAGAAAAAAAAGGAUAAACCAAAACAGACGCUUCUUAGUUUUGGAGAAGAACUUGAUGAAGCUGAUGAUGGAGAGGUUUUUAAAGUCAAGAAAUCAUCUAGGAGUAAAAAACUGAUGAAACAACUUGAUCACGAGAGGAAAAUAAAAAAGAAAGGUGAAGAGAAAUUGCAAGUGGACUCUGAAGCACAUGUGUCGAUUAAAAACGACAAUGAUUUAGAAAUAAAGACAGAUGAUCUAGUAGUUAAGAUUAAAAAUACUGGACCUUUGAUACUAAAUGGAAGAGCAGCAGUUGUUGCUGGAAAAGAUGACUAUGAUUCAGAUGAAGAGGAAAAUUCAUCGAGGCAUACUUUCAAGUCAGCUAAAUCAGACUCGAUGAGGUUUCUUUUAGAAAGUGGAUGUAUUCCUGAUGCUGCUAUGAUUCAUGCUGCAAGGAAAAAACGUCAAAAAGCAAGAGAACUUGGACAUGAUUUUAUCCCUAUCGAGGAACCAAAAGAGGAAAAAACAACAAAAUCAAGAUUAGUAAGAGAAGAGGAUCAUGAUAGAAGUGAUGAUGAUUGUUCACAAGAUCGAAUGGACAUGACUGUCAACACCGAGGCUCGUGAUAAAGAAAAAAGAAGAGAAGCAUUUUUAGCAUCGCAAAUUCCUAUAAAACGUUGGUAUCCUAGAGUAACUAAAAAAAACCAUAAUUCAGUAAAUUUUAUAAUGAAAAAAAUUCUACAUCUUGCAGUUUCUGAUGAUGAGAGUGAACAUUGUAAUGAGGAAGAAGAAUGGGAAGCUCAACAAAUUAGAAAAGGAGUAACUGGUGCUCAGAUUGCAGCUGCUCAACAAGAUUCAAUGAUGCAACAACAAUAUUUUCAUGGUCACAUGAUUGGUGGGCAAAUGGAAAUGAAUAUGAUGCCUGUUCCACCACCUCCACCAUCAAUUCAACCUCCACCAGAUCCAACAAAAAUUGUUGCAAUUUCUCCUCAAGAAAUUGUUGAUAAAAUGCAUGCUAGAGUUGAAAAUUUAGUUCAAGUACAUCGUCGUCAUCAACAAGAUCAAAUACAAUUGCAGGAAGAACUUGAACAAUCACGCAAGGAAUCAAAUGAUGCUGAAAUACGUGCACCAGAGUUAGCACAACGCUUCAGAUAUUACCAAGAGUUACGUGGGUAUGUCACUGACUUGGUAGAGUGUCUUGACGAGAAGUUGCCAGAGGUGAUUGAGUUGGAGGAACGUUGGUUAAAGCUGUAUGGAGAAAGAGCAAAUGAAUUGAUGGAACGUCGUCGUCAAGAUACCAGAGAUCAAGCUGAAGAAGUAACAGCAUCAUUACGAGCACAAACAACACGCCGUGGUCCAGAUGAUGAAGCAAGAAUACGUCGUGCAACUGAACGUGAAGGACGUCGUGCAAGACGUAGACGUGCAAGAGAAGCACCAUCAUUAAAUAUGUCAAAACACAUUGAUGGUAUGUCAAGUGAUGAUGAAGUUACUGAACAACAAAAUCUUGCAUUUAAAAAACAAAAAGAAGAAAUUGAAGAUAAAUGUAAAAAUAUAUUUUCUGAUGUUAUGGAUGAUUUUAGUACUGUUAAAGGAAUUUUAUUAAAAUGUGAACAAUGGAGAAAAACUGAUAUUGAAGCAUAUACUGAAGCAUAUGUAUCAUUAUGUAUACCAAAAAUAAUAUCACCAAUAAUACGACAACAAUUAAUUAUAUGGAAUCCAUUAAUGGAAAGUGUACCUGAUCAUUUAGAAUGUACAAAUUGGUAUAAUUCAUUAUUAUUAUAUGCACUUGAUCGUAAAGAAACUGAGGAUACAUUAAAACAAGAUCCAGAUGUUAGAUUAAUACCAUUGACAAUUGAAAAAAUAUUAAUACCAAAAUUAACAUUAAUUGUUGAAAAAAUAUGGGAUCCAAUGUCAACAUCACAAACAUUAAGACUUGGUGGUACUAUUAGACGUCUUAUACGUGAUUAUCCAAAUUUAAAUGACAUGAGUAAACAAUUACAGCUAUUAUUUAAUGCAAUAUUAGAUAAAAUUAAAUCAGCUGUUGAAAAUGACGUGUUUAUUCCAUUGUUAACAAAACAAUCAUUAGAUAAAAAUACAUUUCUUCAACGACAAUUUACAAUGGCUGUUAAAUUACUUAGAAAUUUAUUAAGCUGGCAAGGUUUACUUGGUGAUUAUCAACUUAAAAAUCUAGCAUUAGGCUCGUUAUUAAAUAGAUAUCUUUUGGCUGGAUUGAGAGUAUUUUCACCAGUUGAUGCAUUAAAUAAAGCUAAUAUUAUUAUGAGUACAUUACCACGUGCCUGGCUACAAGGUGAAACAAUUGAACAACUUAAAAUGUUUGCUUCACAUAUACAAAAGUUGAGUGAUCAAUUGGAUCAGGCUAAUCCUGCUCACAAUGAAGCUUGGGAAUAUUCGAAAUCAAUCCUCAAGUUAAUCAAACCAACAACAUAAUUUAUAUAUUAUUUGUUUUUUUUUUUUUUUUUUUUCUACACAACUAUUGAUACUUUGUACAUCAAAUUAUUUAUAGUUAAAUUUUUUUUUCUAAAAUAUACUUAAUAAAAAAAAUUAAAUACAUACUUAAAUUUAUUAUUCGUUUUUCUUUUCAAAAUAUUUAAUACAAAAAACAACAAAAAACGUUAUUUAUAAUUGUAAAUAAUUAAAUAAAAAUAACGUUUAAAAAAUAAUAAAAA